AUGGUUUUUAAAUCUAAGAAAAAAGCCGAUCCGUCAGUUUAUAAAUCUCUGUCUAUCAUAACCCUCCCGACUGAAAUUCUUCUAAUGACCUUUUCCCAUCUUGAAUUUCCUUCACUCUUUUGCCUAUCAAAUGUUUGCAAACGCUUUCAAAUGAUAGGAGAAAGAUGUAUGGCUGAGAAAUUCAAGAAAUCAAAUGUCGCGUUAUCCCUUUCAUUCGAACAAGAACACAGAUGGAACUAUGGUGUCCAAUUCUUCCUUGAUCAUGUUGAUUUGAAAAAUGGAAGAUUUGUUUUCAAACCAAGAAUAUCCAAUGUAAUGAAAUUCAUUCGCUCACCGAUGAUCCAAAAACCUACUAUAUGCAAGAUACAAAUUAUCCGAGUUGAUGAAGAGAAUAAUAUUAAUGCAUCAUCAAUAACAGUAGAUAAUGCGGCCAACCGAAACGGCACUAUGGUUCGAAAUAACAAUGCACCGAACAUGACUGCUGCGCGAGGAAAUCAACGACUCCCUGAAAACUUUGUACGGAAUCCAUGUGCGAUCUCCAUUAAGCAAACCAAUGCUACUGUCGAAAAAAUAGUGAAGAUAUAUCGGAUAGGUCAUGGAACGACUCAUUUAAAAUCUUCUUUUAGAUUUACAUAUUCUAUUACUGAUAAACCGCCGCCGUUAGAAAAUGCGGAUCGUGGUGGAGAACGGUGGAUAAAACCCGAAAAAUUUGAGUGUUAUGCAAGUUUCUUUUAUCCCCAUGAGCCGACAGCCCAUAAGAUAAUGAUGAAUCUAAUAGAACUGAAAAAUAGGAAUGGUGGUGCUAAUAAGAAAAUCAAAAAAUCUAAGGACAUUAAUUCAAUUAAGAAAAAUCAUAAGGGAAAGAUUGCGGAUUGUUCGGAUGAUUUUAUUAUUGUUAAUAAGGGUAAAGAUGUAGUCCAUUAUGCCAAUUCGUCUAAUAAAGGGAAGAACGUGAUUCGUUCUGAGGAGAAUUUAUUAGAGAUUGAGCUGGAUAUGGACGGACAAGAAGUAUCUCGUCGGGAAGGAAAUAUGAAUAGCAUGGAUCUUUCUUAUCUACUGGAAAUGCAAGAAAUGCAAGAAAUACAGGAACAACAACGACAAGAAUAUUCGAUGAUGAUCAGGAAAUUGAUAGGCCCUAUAAGAUCAUCAACACGGUGGAUUCGUGGUGCCAGGAGAUAA